AUGCCUCCUCGCCGAGCGCACACCAAGUCCCGCCAGGGUUGUGACCAGUGUAAGCGUCGUCGCGUUAAGUGUGAUGAAAGAGGGCCACCGUGCUCCAAUUGCAUCUCGCGGGAGCUAUCAUGCACAUAUCUGAGAGCGCCGCCUCGAGUCGAAGCUAGCCAGGCCCCAGUCGUGGCCAGUGUACCUAGUGUGGCCAGUGUCCCCAGUCCCCGGCCACUGGGGAUUCCAAGUCCCGCUGCCUCCACUCCUUCGAGCAUUUCUGGGGUGCGAGAUCUAGAGUUAAUGCACAAGUUUUCCACUGAAACAUAUGAAAGCCUGUGCACGUCCAAUUCGGAACACUAUGUGUGGCAAAUCGCCAUUCCUCGCCUGGCUCUUCAGUAUGAUUUUCUGAUGAAUGGACUCUUGGCCCUGGGAGCUCUUCAUAUUGCUACCAGCCUUGAGCCACCAGCGUCUUUGGUGUAUAUCGAUACCGCCCUCCAAUAUCACAAUCUCACCUUUGCUCCAUAUCGCACAGCGGUCGACAACAUCACGCCACUGAACUGCGAGGCUGUGCUGGCGCAGUCUAUCAUCACCACUGUCAUUGGCAUCGCCUUACCUCGGGUUAGUGCUGCACGCGGGGAGAGUGCAAGUAUAACUGAGAACAUCGUCGUGGUGUUUGAGCUCUUGCAAGGCGUGAAAAAGAUCCACCGGAUCGGUGAAUCCUGGAUCAAACUGGAGCUGUUUUCUCGCCGAAGAAAUUUUUGGGAUACAGGGGUGAUUGGACUGGACAGUGAGACACAAGCGGCUCUUGAGCGGCUUGGUACUCUGAACGACGAAACUCUUGCCACCAUCGACCCGGACCAGCAUCAGAUCAACAAAGACGCCAUUUUCUAUCUGCGGCAUUUCUCUACCAGACUUAACACUUCAGUUGAUGCGGCGAAUGUUCUGGCUUGGCUAGCCAUGGUCGAUAAGGAGUUUGUGGACAAUGUGCGACGGCGUCAGCCUCUGGCACUGUUGAUUCUCAUGCAUUGGGGAGUUCUACUUGGGGAGCUUGAUGGUCAGCAUUGGUGGGCUCGUGGCUCGGGUCGAGUGUUGGUUCGUGAACUAUUGGAUGCAUUGCGCCCCGGAGACCCCCAAUGGGCGGACGCUGUUGCUUGGCCCCAGAAAAAAAUGGCGCUGUGA